AUGACUGUCACUCAUUCCGGCCCAAAUAGCAUCGCGCCGCCCAAUUCAUCCGGUAUUAAAGUCAUUAUUGUGGGAUUGGGUCUUGCUGGUCUCACUGCUGCCAUUGAAUGCCAUCGCAAAGGUCACAGUGUGAUUGGAUUGGAGAAAACUCCCAAACCAACGCACUUAGGCGAUAUUUUCAGCAUCUCUAGUAAUGGGGCUAUCGUCGUUCAGAAAUGGGACAAUGGUUCCGUUGUUAGGUACCUGGACUCCGUCCGUUGUGACGUUGCUAGUAUCACUGUCUGGGAUGAAGCGGCCAACAUCAAGCUUCGUAAAGACAUGAACGGGUAUAAAGAGGGCGAAGGGCUGGUACUCAACCGCUCAACCACAGUAUGCACCCUGUACGAGUAUGGAAAAAGUCUAGGUAUCGAUCUUCGAUUUGGAAUAUCGGUGUCUGAAUACUGGGAAGACGACGACCAGGCGGGCGUCAUCGCAGAUGGUGAGCGGUUGUCCGCAGACUGUGUAAUUGCUAGCGACGGUAUUCAUAGCAAAGCACGACCGUUCAUCACCGGAGAGGACAAGCCCCUCAGCAGGAGUGGUGCUGCCACAUAUCGCGCGGGCUACCCGGCCGAGGUUUUGGAUAGUCACCCGGAUGCCCAGUGGAUUCUAGAAGGCACAGAGGAGGCUGAUCAGUUGAAUCACUUUAUUGGCAAAGAUAUUGCGGUUAUCAUGGGCACUGGAAGACAUGGUAAAGACGUGUACUGGGGGUGCUUACAUCGUAGCUCCGACGGUGUAUCCAAAUCGUGGCUCCAACCAUCUGACGUGACAAAGGCACUGGCGUUGAUUAAAGAUUGGCCCGCAAAGGACAAAGUCGGGGCAGUGAUUCAAUGCACGCCGAACAAAACGUGCUAUGAUCACCUAGUCAUGGCGGUCGAUCCCCUGUCUCGAUGGGUGUCAGAAAAAGGUCGAAUGAUUCUUAUCGGAGACGCUGCACAUGCCUUUAUUCCCACCUCGGGCCAAGGCGCAAGUCAAAGUAUUGAGGACGGUGCUGUGAUCGCAAUUUGUUUAGAACUCGCUGGAAAGAAGCAGGUUCCACUUGCUCUUUCGGCCAUGGAAAAGCUAAGAUAUCAACGCAUCUCCUUGAUUGGCGAUGGAAGUGCGAAAAUGUUGGAGUCUCUUCACAUGGCAAAUUGGGAUGCCAAACAGCAGGACAAACUACCCACGUUGAUAGCUCGCGCGAUGUGGAUCUUUGAUCAUGACUGCCAGAAGUCUACAUAUGAGGAGUUUGAGAAGGCAGCCGAGGCUGUUGUCGCUGGUACCGCGUAUGUGCCGGCCAAUAUUCCAAAUGAUGGGCGACACGGGAUCGUGGAGGAGGAAGGCAAGUCUACAGUGAAGGUAGCAUCCGUAACAACCGCCUCUAUUCCUGCAGAGUAG